CAAGACUCAUGUCAUCAUUCCCCGUAACGAAAUGCUCUGAGAAGAAGAAUCUAUUUCCUUCGUAGAAACCUCAGACAAGAAUCCCAAUUUCCUCUCUUUGUUGCUUGCACCCUCUCUCCUUUCACCUCUCUCCGUCUCUCUCUAACCUCCAACAUGGCUUCUCUCUCCAUUUCACAUCUCUUUCUCCUCUCUCUCCUCUCCAUCACCUCUACCACAUCCCAAUCCACCCUCUGCCGAACCUCCUGCGGCCACAUUCCCAUCAACUACCCUUUCGGCAUCGACGAUGGAUGCGGCAGCCCAUACUACCGUAACAUCCUCUUCUGCUCCAAUUCCACCACCCUCGAAUUCAGGACACCCUCUGGCAGAUACCCAGUUCUCCGAAUCGCUUAUGACGAUCCCCACAUCAUUGUAUCCGAUCCGUCCAUGUGGAACUGCAACGAUGGGGCCCGCUUCCGUCCCACACUCCCCUUCAGCCUCGACACCAGCACGCACUUCACCCUCUCCCCACAGAACGAGUACCUCUUCUUCAGCUGCGACGUUAAUUCCGUCAUCGUCAAACCCAAGACCGCCUACUGCGAGCGGAAUCCAGACCAGUGCGGCUCGGCCUGCGACAGCUCUAGCUAUCUCUGCCGGAACAUACCUGAAUGCCCGUCGGCCCUGAACCGGAGGCCGACGUCUCCGUACUAUUCUACCUGCUGCUCGUAUUACCCCAAGGCAUCGCAAUCCCUGCGGAUGAUGCUGGAGCACUGUGCGACGUACACAAGUAUAUACUGGAAGGUUUUAAGCGUGGCACCGCCGUAUGAUCAGGUCCCGGAGUAUGGGAUCCGGAUCGAUUUCGACAUUCCGGUCACGACCCGUUGCCUGCAGUGCCAGGACGGUACGAAGGGUGGCGGGACGUGCGGGUUCGAUGUGGCAUCACAGAGCUUCUUGUGUCUCUGUAAUCAAGGCAAUCUCACCACUUACUGUACAGAUGUCGUCUCCUCUGGGCAUGAGAGUAGGGUUGGAGUGAUUGCAGGAACUACCACUGCAGUGUCGGUUGCAGCUGUCGUUGGUGUAGGAGCUGUGGUGUGGUAUUUGAGGAAAAUGAGACCAAAUAAGGUGGUAACAUGUGGAGUUCAAAGCAAUGAUAAUAGGCUAUUUUGAAAGCAAACGACCGUUAUUGUUGUUAUUCAGCCUACUGAUGGCAUUCUUGAUAUAUUUGUUUUGAGUUUUUAGAUAGAAAUCAUCCCUAAUGGGGGCUCACCACAUGUUUUUUUUUUUGCUUUAUUAUUAUCAGAGUUUAAGAAUCCAUGUAAUAAAUAUAGACCAACACGUAGAAUUUCCUCCA